AUGUCCUCUCUUCAUUUCUAUAAGUUAUCGACAGGGAACCAAACAAAGAUGGCUACUGGUGCAUGCUGUCUUCACUUUUUGCUUGCCUUUGUUUUGCUCUCGAUCUUGCAGUGUAGUUUCGCUGAUGAAUCGUCGGGUAUCUUAGAUGAGUGCAAGGAAAGCUGUGAGCGGAGCUACCCGUUACAUACAUACCCAAAGGAAGAACCUUCGCUUGCUUGUAAGCAAGGUUGCCGGCUAUCUGCUAUAGCACAAUUGAAGGCUGGAUACUCAACCUCCGAAAAUUUUACAGCAGUCUGCGUAUCAGGCUGUAGAGAAAGUUAUGAAGAAAGUGAAAGCCUUUAUGCCUGUGUUGUGGGAUGUAAAUCACAACCUCUCAUCCCUUCCCCAGAGACAUACCUGGAGGAAAGAAUGCCAGAUCAGUGGAGUUUCAGGACUUACAUGGUGUAUGUAUACCCAGUGUUGGACGUCAGCAAGUAUUGCCGUGGGUUCAUGAACAGAGUUGGAUAUUACUACAGGAUGUCAUCAUCCUAUUAUUACAGCUAUGGCGAUAGCAAUGGUAUCAGCAUAAUUGAAAUUAAUGAACCACCACGAGAGUUUAUCACAGUACAAAAGUUUGAUGAAAUAGAUGUUAUCGAGAAUGAUGAUCCACAAGUAGCCAGAUACAGUGAUGACAGUGAUGAUUCAUACUCUAGCACUGUUGUUAAUAGAGGACACCAGUGGCUUCAAUGUGUUUCACAGCGUUCAGGCCUUCCAUUCUGGUUGUUAUCGUCCACCCUUUUCCUGUCCAUUUUCUUCUUGAUAUGGUUAUGUUGUGCUACAGCGACUACUACUCCUAGAGAAAAGGGCAAGGCAUCUGUUGUUGGUGAGCUUAUGUUGUUAGAUGAUGAUAGUCUGUUGGAGAAAAUGCCGCUGGUUACAAGUGAUGAGAAUGAGGAAGCAGGCCCACUUCCUGUCAAACUACACAUUGAUGCAACAGUGCUGUAAUGGAAAUUUGAUCUGCAAGUCAUAUGGCUGUGAUCCAUGAAGUGGGAAAUAGUUACUUAGUUUAUGUCUGAAUGGGUACUUCAGCUUCCUUACUCUCUCCAUGUUGGUGGAGGCCUAUACAGAUUAAGCAUGGCUACCAUAUAAAUUUAAGGACGUUGUCUACUUGCCUCAAGGAAAAAGUUUCAUUGAAUUAGUUAAACCUUAUUCUUUUUACUCCUCUUCAGUCACAGCAUAUAAAUUAUAGUUCAUCUUAUCCUCUCUGGUACGAAAUAAUCUUUGUUUGUAAGAGGAAUUACCUGUAAUGAUGAAUCGCAAUAGUGGUUUACUUCGAGAGGGACUUGUGAAAGACUGGUUUUUCCGGUUUGUUUGUUUGUUUGUUUUUCCUUUUCUUUUUGCACACAGCUGAUGCUCAUGUGCUGUAACUGGAAUACUUCUUAAAGGGUUUACUAACUACAAAUAUGAAUGAUAAAAAUUUCUGAAGCUAAUUAGAAUUUUGGACAAGAAGAUUGUUGGAAGAUUAAUGCUAUCAAUGUUUGGAAAGUAGUGACUGAGUAGUUAUGGAAUGAAUCCUCUUUUAUGCCUUGAAACUUAUUUCUGUAAAUAGAAUCAACAACACAGCUUAACUAUUGCAUAGUAGGGAGAGAUGUUUGAGUAAAUAUUUUAACUGCACAGUUUUCGACUUAAAUCACUGUAUUUUGACCUAAAAGACAUGCUCAGAAUUAUUCAGGAUUAUUAGAGGUUAGUGUUAGAAAGUUCCUCUCUUGCAAAAUGUCACUUCCAACAUAUAAUCUCAUUAUAUGAAAUUUAAGGGGUGAAGUUACCCAACUUCUUCUCAUGAAUAAUAAUGUGUACUCUGUUGAUCUAGAUUGUCAUUACUUUGAAUGAAGAUGUUUUUUUUCCUCUCUCUUUCUUUAAUUUUCCCCUUUAUUUUAAUUUGGUUAUGUAAUUUAUUAAUAAAGUUUGCAUUUAGGAGGGAAAGAGACGGUUUUAUAAAUAAUGAGCUUAAUUUGCAUGAGUUAAACUUUUGGAAUGUAAAAC